UGCAGACGCUGAUGGGUUUGACGUCAAUUCAAGAGUCAAGUCUUUUUCUACAUCAUAACGCGGAAUGACUUGUACUCUGAUAAUGGAGAACCAACUUGGGCUAUCAUUCAAGUCUUCUAUAAUUUGGACUUGAAGAACAAGACUUAGUUUAUGUUUGAAGAACAAGACUUGAUUUUAUUGAAUGGAAUACGGUUGUCAUGGGAGUUUCCAGGAAAUUACCUCCACAUUUUCUAAGACAUCCACCGCCACUUGUUGCAAGCUCUGAGAACCUCUGUAAUAUAUUGAAUAGAGGCUGAGAUUUCUAUUCAUUUGAUGUUUAGAGAUGGAGGGCAAAGUGGAGGGAGAAUUUCAGCUUCCUGGGUUUAGAUUCCAUCCUACAGAAGAGGAGUUAGUGGGCUUUUAUCUCAGGAAAAAGGUUCAAGGCCAACAGUUUGGAUUCGAUAUCAUUGGGACUUUGGAUCUGUAUCGAUAUGAUCCUUGGCAGCUCCCAGGUCUAUCCUUUAUUGGGGAAAGAGAAUGGUUUUUCUUUGUUCCUGUGGAUAAAAAGUGCGCUGCAGCCAGAAGAAGCAGACUUACAGGCUCAGGGUAUUGGAAGGCUACUGGUUCAGACAGACCAAUUCGCAAUAAAAAGCUUCUGUGCAUUGGCCUUAAGAAGACCCUAGUCUUUUACAGAGGCAAAGCCCCACGAGGAGAGAAGACAGAUUGGAUCAUGAACGAGUACAGAAUGCUAGAUUCCUGCCCUUCAACGAAGGAUGUAGUUUUGUGCCGCAUAUACAAAAAACCCACAUCACAGAAGACUCUGGAGCAGCGUUCCCUUGGCAUUUCAGCUGACGAGAAGCCUUCUUCUUCUUCACACAGUGACAUUUCUUUCCUGAACUAUAACAAUGAUUAUAAGCUGAUGAACUUUGAAAGUAAAUCCAUGGAUGAAGAAGGAUUUUGUUGUGAGAAUAAAAGUGAUGAUGAAGAGCUUUUGGACUGCAUGGCUCAAUUCAAUGAAACAAAGAUGAAACCUCCAGAGUUGGAAGUGCCCAAGAUGUGUGUGGAAAAGCUGUUUUGUCAGCAGAGCUUAGUGAGUCCAUGGACACCUUCUGUCCUGCUAUCCACUCCUAAGGACUACUGGAGUAACAUCUCAGAUGGUACAUGCAUUCCUUCAAAGUAUAGUUUCACCAUGUAAAAUGGAGAUGCAUCUCCCAUUUCUCUAGGUUUUAUGUUUGUAUAUCCUUACUUGAGCAUCUGAGCAAUUUAGUGAGCGUAAGCAGUUUAGUUUUGAACAUAAAAUUUUGAAUUCUAU